AUGUAUCUUCAGACUUUCACAAACCCAUCUCAUGGUUUAGAUCAUGUAUGCUACUCCAACCGUAUAUCGUGCAGGGUAAGACUGAGUCGUGUUCUAGCCAUGCCACCGUAUUCAACCCUCUUGCAGAUGGACGAAAGCAAUGAUCUUCCCAAGUCCAAGAAGGGUUUCUCUCUGAGUGAAGAUUCGAGACACAGUUUAAACAGUCUUUCUGAAGAUUCUUUGCUCAGGCAAGCCAACACGGUGGGGAUUAUUGGAGGUGUUUCAACUAGUUCCACUCUGAAUUUUGUGCAGAAACUCGUUGAUUGGAGCUCACAAGAUGGUAAAAGCUCCUUACCAUUCGUGCUUUGCUCCGAUCCUACACUCAACAAGGAGCUUCUGUUAUACGAGGAGCACUCUUAUCCUUCUCUCUACCAUAGAGCAGAGGGUACUCCGGUGGAUCCAAAGCAGAUUGUGGAAAAUCUAAGGAACAAGAGAAGGUCUCUUGAGAGAUGUGGAGCUAAACUGAUCCUAGUGCCUUGUCAUAUUGCACAUACAUGGUAUGAGGAGGUUUGUGAAGGGAGUUCGGUUCCUGUGCUUCACAUGGGUGAAUGCAUAUCUGAAGAGCUGGAAGAGGCGAAAAUGAAGCCUCUUGAAGCUGGGAAUCCGCUGCGCGUAGGUGUGAUGGCCACUAACGCCACAUUAUCCGCAGGGUUCUACCAGGAGAGACUACAGAGCAAUGGAUUUGAGGCGGUGCUUCCAGACAAGGCGACAAUGGAGCACACGGUGAUCCCGGCCAUAGAAGCGAUGAAGAGAGGAGACAUGGAAGGAGCACGGAACCUUCUGAGGAUAGCACUGCAGGUACUGCUGGUGCAGGCGGUGAAUGUGGUGGUGCUAGGGUCAGAUGAGAUGCGAGACCUCUUGCCAAGGGAUGAUCCUCUGCUAAAGAAGUGCGUUGAUCCAAUGGAUGCACUUGCAAGAUCUGCCAUCAAAUGGGCAGAGACUCGUUGA